AUUUCACUCUUUUUAGCGGACACAUCUCCCGACACAAGAUCCUCUUCCACGCCUGGAUCAUCUGGUGCGCUGUCAUCCGAAUUGGUAACCAUCACGGCAUCUGAACUAUCUUCCGUUUUGGCUUCUGAUGCAGCUUCCAGUUCCAAGUCGGGCCAAUCAACUUCCGGAAAAGCUACCGCUGGCGCUGGUGUGAAACGUAAACAUACUACGCUCAACUUGGUGACAAAAAUGCAAAUAAUUGAGGAGGCGGAAAGAGAUGAACUUUCGUACGAGAUGAUUGCGAAAAAAUAUGGGGUAGCAACAUCUUCCGUUUCCCGGUACGUGAAAAACAAGAAUUCCAUAAGGGAAAAUAUUGAGAAGUAUCGGGGACAUGGAAUCGCUGAUCGGAAAACAAUGAAGGAGCCAUGCUAUCCAUUGCUGGAAGAAGCUUUAUAUGUGUGGGUUCUGCAGGAGCGCGAACGGAACAUGAUCAUCCCCCCCGAUGUACUCAAGGCGAAAGCAGAAAAAUUCUUCCGGGCCUUUCAGGAACAAGGAUGCUACGCCGGUAAAACGUUUACUGGUUCUGAUGGGUGGCUUCGUAGAUUCAGGAAGCGUUACGGUUUGCGGGUAUUAAUAGCUGCAGGGGAGAAAGCAUCCGCGGACGUGGAUGCAUAUCUUUUGUUCAAGACCGUACUUCUGAAUAAAAUUGUUGAAAUGGGCCUCACGAAAUCUCAGGUUUACAACGCAGAUGAGUCAGCGAUAUUUAUUAAAAUGAUUGCUUCUCGUACUGUGGCACUUUGGGACGAAUCGUGCGCAUCAGGUCGAAAGUUGGAUAAGACAAGAUUCACUUUCAUGCCGUGCUGUAAUAUUGAUGGCACAAUGAAAAUGAAAUUAAUGUUUAUCGGUACUGCAGCAAACCCAAGAGAAUUCAGCCGCUAUUCGAAAAAGUUGCUUCCAGUAUCUUAUUAUCAUUCGAAAAAGGCGUGGAUGACACGUCAACUUUUUCGAUCCUGGUUUCAUGAAGAAUUCAUCCCGGAGGUUCGCAAAUUUUCCGUACAACACAAUCUUGAACCAAAAGCGUUGCUAGUGUUAGACAACUGCUCAGCUCACUUUGAUGGUUGCGGAGAUCUGCGAAGUGAUGAUGGUCUCAUACAAGUCAUCUAUUUGCCACCCAAUGUUACAUCACAAUGCCAGCCCAUGGACCAGUCCAUAAUAAAUGCAGUUAAGCUUAGAUACAAAAGAAAGCUUAUGCUGUUCUUGGUACUGGAAAAUAUCAAUUUGCCUUUCAUGCAAAGACUGAAGAAGGUAUCCUUGCGAACCAGCAUCGAGUGGUUGUCGUCAGCAUGGAAUGAAAUAACAUCAACAUCAAUUGAAAAUUCGUGGAAAAAACUCAUCGAUGAAUUUCCAGAAGCAGAAUGGCAGGACACUUCUCAGCACGACGAGAAUCACUUGGAAGAUAUUCAUUCAUUAAUGGCGUCCAUUGACAGAUUGGCUGAAACUGAAACCGAUGACGAUCAUCUCCAGCAGUGGCUCAAGGAUGAUGUACGGGAUAGCGAUGGAAACCCUGCAUGGUUCACGACAGAAGUAUUUGAAGAUGCCGAGAUCGUCAAGUCUACAUUGAAUAAAUCGCAUGAUCCUCAGUACGAGGAAGAAGAAUGGCUUGAAGAUCCGCCCGAAGAGGAUGCCGAUAUUCAAUACGAGUCUCAAAGUUCGUCUGCGGAAAAUUCUCAAUGUUCUGAAUUUCAGAAGGCGCUAGAUUCUCUUGACUAUUUAAUAGAAUACGUGAAACAUGAUUUGUCUGAAGUAAGCAAGCUGAAGUUGUUGCGCAUGAAUCUAAUUGAAAACGAGUGGAAGAAGCGGAAUAUGUGAUUU